AUGUAUUAUAUCUACUGCAAUGAUUUGGAGCGGAAAGGUUUCAAGGUUGUAGCGAUACCCGAAGAUGACGAAGGACUUGACACCGAACUUCUGAAGGCAAAACUUACAACACUCGGUGACGAAAGCGCAGCGAUCCGCUUCUUCUACGUUGUGACUGUCAACAACCCUACCUGCACGAUCCUGUCCAAUAACCGUAAAGCGGAACUGGUCGAUAUUGUUACUCGGCUAUCGUCCGAAGUUGGACGGAAAAUUCCACUCUUUUUUGAUAACGCCUAUCACGAUCUCGUGCAUGACAGCACCGUCGAACCUUUGGCGUCAGCGUUAUGCUACGACGAUCUUGGCAUCGUCUACGAGAUCGGCACGUUGUCAAAGAUUCUUGCCCCAGGGUUGCGUAUCGGCUACCUUAUCGGUUCCAAAGGCCCCUUCCUCAACAGCAUCAUCCAGCGUACAAGCGAUAUCGGCUUCAGCGCGCCAUUAAUCAAUCAAGAAAUUGCCAGCUACCUGCUCGACAACGGUAUUGAAGCACAGAUUGAGAAGGUCAAUAACGGGUAUCAGCAGAAGGCGAAACAGGUCAAAACAUGGAUAGCAGAAUUGCUUGGCGAUAAUAUUCAGGAGUGCCGCGGUGGGAGUGCUGGGUUCUACUUCUAUUUGACACUGGCAAAUACGGCAACAGGUGCAACCUCCGAUUUUUUCAAAUUUCUGACGCGGACGACUGGACAGGAAGCGGUUGACGGACCGUUAGAUUCCCAACAUCCCAAGGUGAUUUACAUACCCGGUGAGCACUGCGUCCAUCCAAACGGCGAUAUGGUCGAGGUCGGAAAGCGACAAUUACGCAUAUCUUACGGGUUUGAAGAACUCCCUCAGAUUCACACAGCGUUGAAACUCAUGAAAUCUGCGAUAGGCUAUAGCCAAGAAAAUUUAUAG